AUGGAGUAUGUUGUUUUUUACGCCACGGUCAACACAUCCGAGGAUGCGGCGUCUGACAUGUGGACGGGACAUCGAUUAGCUCCGAGGCCGGAAAGAAGCGCGUAUUUUUUGUCUAGAGGCCGCGAUCGAGAGAAGGCAUCUAAGGUGCUGCUCGAGCUGUGUGCGGACGAUAGAAUAGAUUUGUUGGCAGACAUGAUGCGGAAUUUUCCUGAAAAUGGGCUAAACAUCGAUCGGGUCGAGAUAUCGACAGCCCGAAAUGUAUUCUAUGUACCAAAUACAGUUGGAAUCUUGGCCGACCGGGAGAUCAUAGUCUCGGUAAGGGAAAAUAUUUGUUUGGGGAAUCUGAAAAUUACAGAAUUUCCUUCCUCGUGUGGGCGGAAGGUCGAGAAGGAGGGCCCACGCAUGCUGAUGUCGCUCGGGAGCAUGGUGGGGAAGAGUCUGGAUUACUAG